AUGCACUCAUCCAGCAAACGCCGCAUUGAGACCGAUGUAAUGAAGAUGUUGAUGUCCGACCAUGAAGUGUCGCUCGUAAACGACAACAUGCAAGAGUUCUACGUUCGCUUCCAUGGUCCGACGGAGACACCCUUCGCCGGUGGGGUUUGGAAGAUUCACGUCGAGCUACCCGAUCAAUACCCCUACAAGUCCCCCAGCAUCGGAUUCAUGAACAAGAUAUUCCACCCCAAUAUCGAUGAGCUCAGCGGUUCUGUUUGUCUCGAUGUUAUCAAUCAAACGUGGUCCCCCAUGUUCGAACUGAUAAAUAUAUUCGAGACAUUCCUCCCGCAACUCCUCCGUUAUCCCAACCCCAACGACCCACUGAACGGCGAGGCAGCCGCGCUGCUGAUGAGACAUCCGAAGGAGUACGAAGCGAAGGUCAAAGACUACGUACAACGCUUCGCGACGAAAGAAGCGGCUGAUCUCGCCGGUGAUACGAACGAAGACGACGAAGACGCAGAAAUGAGUGAUAUGGGUAGCAUCACCGAUGACGACGACGACCGUGCUGCUUGA